GUGGUACGAUCUGGACCAGAGUCUCAACUUCAAGGGUAGGAAGACUAUGUAAGAACCAGAUAUACAAUGGGCUAAUGCACGAUCUGAUGGGCUUUAUGGAAAACUAAUAAGCUUGAUCCAUGAAAUCUUGGACCGAGAGAAGGCUAUGGACCUUGAUGCGGCCUCUAUCAAACCGGAUCGACUAUGGAUCAGUAUCGGAGACCAGUGAGAAACUUGUUUAAUCAGGACAUGGGCUGGACGAACCUCGAUAGACAGGAAAUGGCGACGAACUUGCUUCGAUAUAAAACGGACUGGGGGAUCUGAUAUGAUCGAAAAAUGAACUGGUCAAGACGACAUGGGUGAGAAAUGAGCUGGAAAUGGAAGAUGAAUAUCUGGAACUAGAAAUGGAUCAGCAAGAGCAUUUUCAUCAACCAAGUGUGCCUAAAGAACAUAGUAGACAUGCUGAAGUUGGUGAAGAUGGAGCCCAUUAUGGAGUUAGUCGUAUAAAGUGGCCCAUAAAGUGGAAGGACCGACCUGCUUGGUUUAAGUUGGGUCGAUGAUUUUAUUUAAAGUGUAUUGGUAUUUUGCUACAUGUAAACCAAUUAGAAUUAGUAUUUUGUCUUUGGAAACCCAUUUGGAUAGGUAUUCAUAAACCAAUUCGAAUUAGGAUUAGGAUUUGGUUUUCUUAAACGAAGUUGUUUUAGGAUCUGCCUUACUCUACUAAAUGCAUUAUGCAAGUCCAUCAUGGAAACUUAACCAUUCUUUUAAUAAAAACAAAUUAUUAAGGCUUCAAAAUCUUGUCUCCUUCAAAAGACUUCUAUCAUUGUACUUCUUGAACAAUCUUCACACUAAGGAGAGUGAUCUCCUGUGGAUCAUCUUUUGCACUAAGAGGGCUGAACCUGUUCCAUAAGAGUAGCAAAACAACCUGAGAGCAAUCAAUAGCUCCAAGGUGAAGAUUAUCCAUCAUCCAAGAGCUUUCAAAGGUAUGCCCACCAUACUUUCAAAUCUGAUUGACAAAAGGUCUUCUUUCCAAGGCCACGCCAAGUGGCAUCAACGUUGCUCGAAGGUUUAGGGUUUCAAGUUAUAAACCUAGGAUCACGAAACCCAUCAAAUAUCUAGCAACAUUCUAUGUAAUCUUAUAGAAAACAGGAAGCGAAGGCUAAACAACAAGCAACAAGGGAGUUAUCGGAAGGAAAGAAAAGAUUGAUACAGAUUCCACCAUUUUAUAGGGAGUUUGAUCUUAAUACUUACAUUAAAUGGGAAAAGGAGAUGGAGUUUGUCUAUGGAUGCAAAAACUACACAGCAGAGUUUGGUAUCUUCGUAGCAGCCACAUUAAUUAUGUGGAUAUGCACUUGACUGAUGGUGUCAAAUUGCGAACACUAGGAGACACACUAAAGAGCCAUAUGUUUCUUCUUGGCAUGAGAUGAAAACCAUGGUGAAGAAAAAGUUUGUAUCUAGAAUGAUGGCGACAUCAAGUCAUCAUCAGAAAAGGAGAAAGGAACCAGGAGCAAAUCAGUGGAGAACAUGAACCUGAAGAAAGCUAAAGAAGUCAACCAGGACAUAGGUACAAUCAAAACAAUAUAUCUUAAAAAUCAAGAGGAAUUUAUCCAUGAAACCGGUUUUCCUGAAUUCUAUACUCAACAAGAGCACACAGAGAAUUGGUUCCACACCACAAGGAUUAAUGGUUUAGGAGAUAUCCCAUUUCUAAGUCAAGGGUGACCCGACUUACCUUAUUUGGAAGCCCAAUGGUUUAAUCAGUUGCAAACCAAACAAGAUUUGGCAUCACCGCUUAAUUCAUGCCAAGCGUGAUUCCAAAUAUAGAUUAGAGGUGAAAGCUCUAAAGCAUUGUCCAGCAAUAAAUAUCAAGUUUUGUUCUUUAAAAUAUCAUACGAGAAGGAGAAACCCAAAAAACACUAGACCACUAAACUAAACUUUGAUUUACAUAAAAAAAUAAUAUCUGCAUGGAUGUGUCAGUCAAAGAUACUUUGUUCCUUAUAAACGAAAUCUGAUUAUAAAUUUUAAAAUAUAGAUUUUAAUUUAAUUAUCGAAGCAUAAUUAAAAGAUGAAGACAUUCGAAAACACAAAAUAAAAUUCAGAAAAUAUAGCCAAAAAUAUAGCUACUUAAAUCAAAAUCAUGUUCGACAAUUACAUAUUCAGAUUCAAACUCACAUGCUCAAAUUGAAUUCAAAAUUAUUGGGUUCUUAACAUUAUUAUUUGAACCAAAGUAGAAACAAAAGUAACUAAACCAAAACCAAAAUCAUAUUCAUAAAUAACCGAACUAUUGCCAUAUUUUUAAAACUGGAAACAAAAACCUACAACCGAACCAAAUCCAACAAAUUAAAAAUACAAUAUGAAUGUGAACCGAAACUUUAAUAAAAAGAAAUUAUAGAUAUAAAUAUAAAUAAUCUCGUGUUUUGUUCAAGUAUGACAAUCUUGGAUGUCUAGAAAAAAGAGUAUAUUCUAUUUGUCUAGAAAAUUACAUAUCCAUAUUCAGAUUGAAAUGUUUGAAUUGAACUCAAUGUUUUAUCACAUUUCUAACACUGUUAUUUGAAUCAAAUCAAAAACCAAAUUUAUAAAUAACCAAAUUAUUACUAUAUUUCUUGAACCAACCGAAAACCAAAACUCACAACCGAACAAGAACCAAUAAAUCAAAAAUAUAAUCUUGACGUUAACUGAAGUAUAUAAAAUAUUGUUAAAUCAUAAAAUUUUAAUUUAAAAUGAUAAAAUUAUAGAUAUAAAUAUAAAUAAUUAUGCGCAACCACGCGGGUCAUAAUCUAGUUUGCAUCAUUAAAUGAAUCAAAUAUAACAACUUUGGUAUAUCUAUGUUUAAAAAUUCCAAUUCAUCAUUUAACAGGUUUAUACAAUUAACAUAUAGAACAUAAUCGUAUGUAACCGGUUCUGGCCACCAUUUCUAAUAAGUGAUUAGAUUUAAUAAUAAACAUGUCCAGUUUAUAUAGUUAUUAAAAGAAAUAAGUGAUCAUCAGCAUCAGACCGGUACUGAUAAUUAUAUCUAAUACAUUAGUAGCUAUUCAACCCGUUCAUAGAUACUUGCUAAACUUCAUACACUAGAAGAAACCAAAAAAUCUUAUACAAUGAAGUUGACUUUUUUCUCCCUAGGCUAUAUUAUUUUUAAUGGUUUUGGUUGGACUUUAAUUUAGAUUACAUGCCUAAAGUUGACCUACUUGCAGCUUUGAACGUCUGCGACUAAAAGUGUUUUUGAUCGUCGAUGGCCUUUAUGAUCUCUGAUCAAAACUGUAAAGUCAUAUAUAAUUUAGACGGCUUCAUAUCCUUCUCGAUCUUGAUUUCUCUUCCAUCUCAUUUUUUUUAUUUUUUGAUAGUUUGUUCUGUGUGGAUUUUGGCUUUGAAGAGCGACCUUAUAUGAUUCUAUGUCUGCGAUGAGGAUUGUUUGAUAGAUUGAAGCUUUAUUGAUUACCUUCUCACUCUGUUUUGUUUUGUGUUUUUUUUUUCUUUGCUACACUCAUGGUGAUUACUUCCGAUCAUCUCCAAUAGAACACUAUUUUUUCUUUUAUAAUAGAGUUACUCUAUUUUAUUGUUAUAGAGGAUAAAAUAGUAUUCCAUUGGAGAUGAUCUAACAAAAUUUUGAUAUAUAUAUAUAAAUCAAAACAAAUAUUAACACGAUUGUACGGAUCGAGAUCUAGUAUAAUGUUAAUUCUACAUUUCUCGUGACAAUUCAACAGUUUUAAAACAAAUAUAGUACAUUAAUCAUGAAGGAGAAGAAAAUAACAAAUAACAGAUUAUUAUCUCAGCUCUGAAGAAAAUUGUUACGCAGUCAAAUAUCAACCAUAGCUGGAGUUAAAAGCAGGGCCGAAACUAAGCACAGCCACUUGAAACAUUGGUCAUGGCCUCUAAAAUUUUGAAAAGUUUUUUAUACAGACAUAGGCUUCUAAGUUAAGCAAAAAAAAUUUAUAAAAAUUCUUACAAAAAUGUUUUAAACUCCCGGAAUUUCAGAUCCCGUCUCCAAACACAGUUCUUAGGAUUACUUAUCGUGAGAUGCGUAACAUCAUUUUAUAAAACACAGAGGCAUGUAUGCUUAAAUCUCUGUUAAUCUCUCUGAAAUGUUUUCUUGUUUUUCUUUUUUUCCUUGGACUUGUUUCUUAAGGAUUACAACACUGUGAUUUCCUCUUUUCGGUUUAUAUGAUAUUAAUGUUUUAGCAAAAAAGAAAAGAGAUAACAGAUUACUAAAGAGUAAAAAUGAGGCGACCAAGGGAUAUAUGAAAGAGACAGAGCUGGUUCUUAGAAUGCUCCAGAUUUGGGAUAUGGGGGAUGUCUCUAUCUCUUUCUCAUCCCCACUUGUCUCCAAUCUUUUUUCUAUCUAGCAUUCAAAUCAAUUUCCAAAUCUUACUAAUCCAUGACUCAGACCAGAAAAAUAUUUUUUUCCUACUUAUCAUAUUUAAAUAAUCUAAUUUUUUUUUAUUUUCUCGGCAUAUGUAACAUUUUAAGCAGAUUCAUAUAUCUACUUAGAAAGUUUAACAAUAUUUUAAAUUAAAGUUGAAAAUAUAUUUAUACGAAAAGAGAAAGUGUGAACCCACAAACAUGGCACAGAAUCAAACAUAUAUAUCUUCGCUUUUAAUUCUCAGCUAGCGGCGCCGCUCUCUCUUUUCUUGCAUUCAAAGCUCAUCUUCCUUCUUCCCUAUCCUCUCAUUUUCCUCUUUCAUUUUUAUUUAUAUAUAUAUUACCAAAAGAGAAUACUUUUCCAUUUUAUAAUUUCUCCUUACCACAGUUGGAUUACGAAAGGUCCUCCCCUCCUCCAUAUCUUUCCAUUUUAUACAACCCAUACCAACCUCUUCAUACUCUUCUUCCUCCUUUUUAAUCAUUUACAUAAAAAUCCAAACCAAAAACUUGUAAUAAACAAAUCAUAAAAGAAAAGAAAAGAAAAAAAAUGAAAGGUGAAGGUAACGAGAUGUUUCCAAAGCUCCCUCAAAACCACUCACUCUCCUCUCACUUCCACCUCCCAGCAACCAUCGCCGUCGAUGACUCCUCCAUCGAAGUCGUCCGUCGCCCACGUGGCAGACCACCAGGUUCCAAAAACAAACCAAAACCACAAGUUUACGUCACACGCGACACUGAGCCUCCUAUGAGUCCUUACAUCCUCGAAGUACCUUCGGGAAACGACGUCGUUGAAGCCAUCAACCGCUUCUGCCGCAGAAAAUCCAUCGGCGUUUGCGUUCUCAGCGGCUCUGGCUCCGUCGCCAACAUCACCUUACGUCAGCCUUCUCCCGCAGCUCCUGGCUCAACUAUAACUUUCCACGGAAAGUUCGAUCUCCUCUCCGUCUCCGCUACUUUCCUCCCUCCGCCGCCUCGUACCUCCUUGUCUCCUCCCGUUGCCAACUUCUUCACUGUCUCCCUUGCCGGACCCCAAGGACAGAUUAUCGGGGGAUUCGUCGCCGGUCCGCUAAUUUCCGCCGGAACAGUUUACGUCAUCGCCGCUAGCUUCAACAACCCGUCGUAUCACCGGUUACCGGCGGAGGAAGAGCAUAGGCACUCUGUUUCGGCCAGGGCAGGAGAAGGAGACGGCCAAUCUCCGCCGGUAUCUAGAGGCGGUGGAGAGUCAGAACACGUGGCGGUUAGAGGAGAAGAGUCUUGCGGGGUAUCCAUGUACAGUUGCCACAUGGGUACGCAUGGCUCUGAUGUUAUUUGGGCCCCAACCGCAAGGGCUCCACCGCCUUACUGACCAAUCUUUCACCAAGAGUCUCUCUCUGGCGUUCUGCUUUUGAUAUCGAAGUCAUCUCCUUUUGCUUUGUAUCUUCUCUAGCUUUUUUUUUUCGGACAACAUUUUCUCUAGCUUUUAAUGUCAGAAUUUGACUCUCUACGAUCUUACUCGUGAUUUUGUGUUGUUUUAGCUUAGUUACAAGUUUCACAUUUAAAUAAAUUUUAUAAUAUACUUCCAACCCCCAA